AUGUUUCGAGACACUCCGAAGAUUAUUAUAGAAGAUGGAUCUUCUCCAUCUGCUCCUUACGUUAUGUACAUUAAAAUGGAAGACUUAUUAGAAAAACUAAAACUGUUAAAUUAUGACACACAAUUUCUGCCAGAGUUUAAGAUAAAAGCUAUAAAUAGGAAUUACUUUGUAACACAAACGAAUCCAGGAGAACAAUUUUAUACGUUCACAUCUUUAGCUGCAUGGCUGAUCAGAAAGACAGGUGGAAAUAUGGAGAUACCACAGGAAUCGGAUGAUCCUAAUGCUACGAUAGCCUUGAUAUUAGACCAUUUAAGAGAUAAGAGAGUACCAAUCGAAUUCCCACCUAACAAACUUAAACAAGGAAGUGGCGAGCAUGCAAUUUACGUUUUGGACAAUCUGGCUGACGAGGCGUUAAAAGUACAAAAGUUCCAGUGGGAAAAAGUACAAGUACCUCCUGAUGAACCAAACAACGAACCAGACAUAGAGGACGAUGACGCUGAAUUAAUUUUAGAGAAAGUAGAGGAGGAAAUGAUGGCCGAGUACGACGACGAGGACGAGGAUAUUUUACACGUCGAUGAUAUUACAAAACUAUAUGGUCAAAAUUUUAACGAGACACAGAAACCGGAUGAAAUUUUAGAAUCCAAAACAAACAGAGAAGACUGGCAGCUAGAAUUGGAAAGAGUACUACCUCAGUUAAAAGUAACUGUCAAAACAGACUCAAGAGACUGGAGAUCGCACAUAGAACAAAUGAAACAAUUACGUAUGAACAUAGCGACCAAUUUCACUGGUACUAAAAAUCAGCUAGACAAACUGCACGUUGACAUCUCCAACACUUUGGACAAAGUGAAAACAAGGGAAUCCUAUUUGAACAGGCAAUUGGAUCCCAUUUUAAAGGAAUACCAAACGCUGCAAGAUGAAUUGUCAAAGAUAAAAGAACAGUACAGAGACGUUAGCGGCGGUGUAACGGAAAGAACACGGACUUUUAACAAACUGUCAGAGGAGCUGGAGCACGUAAAAAAAGAAACGGAUGAACGAGGCUCCAGUAUGACAGACGGAACUCCUCUUAUAAAUAUAAAAAAGACGAUUACUAAAAUGAAAAAUGAAAUCUCGGAAAUGAACGUCCGCAUCGGCGUGUUAGAAUACAGUUUAAUGUGCGCAAGGAUACGAGACCGGACUCAGUUCCAGGAAGAUAUGAACAACACGAAUAAUGUCGCGAUAAUUUGAAUUAACAUGUACUAUAAUGUGUACCAGUGUCAAGCGUUCCGUCCAACCUUCGUUAGAGAUGAUAAUUUCUUAUCAAAAUCUAGUCAAAUCUAAAACGUAGUCUUCUUUUAGAGAUGUUUUAAACACAUUGUCUGACUAUAAUCGUUAAUAAUCGGGUCCAAUAAAGCGAUUACCUCGCAUCGAUAUUUAUACAGUUUAUCUACACGCCGUGUAUUUAAUUUAUGGAAAUGAAUUACCUAUGUACUAAAUCCUUAUCACGCUAAAAGCAUGAGAAAUAAAGUCGAGCAACACGAUUGAAAAUAA